AUGUGUAUAAAGGAGGCACCCAGGGCUGUUGGAGGAGAGGGGCCCGUUUUUGACUUGCAUGCUCUGCUGUCCUCCAGCAUCCUCUCCUCCAUCACGUCUGCCAGCAUGAGCCAGCAGCUGUCAGCUGGAAGGUCUUUUCAUGGAAGAAAGUUCUUCUCAUCAUCUUCUGCUGCGAGUGGCAUGAGCCAGUGCCGAAGCAGUGUUUUCCCCUCUGCUGUGCUAUUUGGAAGAACUUAUGAAGCCUGGAGACACAGCAUCCAAAGCCUCCAAAACACAGAUAGGUGCAAAUGGAUUUCUUCUGACCGAAGCCUCGCACAGAGGGUCUGUGGAGGCUGGAGGUGCAGGGGCAUCCAUGCCAACAGUGAAGGUGGGAGUCACAGGUUAGGCUUCCACAGCAGGAGCUGCAAAAGUGAAGGUAUUUGUGAAGUGCACGUCAGUGAAAGCCUGCUGCAGCCUCUUGAUGUGAAGAUCGACCCUGAAAUCCAGCACAUCCAAAAGCAGGACAGAGAGCAGAUGAAGAUCCUCAAUAACCAGUUUGCCUCUUUGAUUGACAAGGUACAGCAUCUGGAGCAACAGAACAGGGUGCUGGCCACCAAAUGGGACCUACUGCAAAAGCAGGUUCUGCCAUCCCAGAAGAACACCAAGCAUGUCUUCGACAACUUCAUUUGCAGCCUGCAGAGGUGGCUGGACUCACUGCUGCGCGAGCAGGGGCAGAUGGAACCUGAGCUGAAUGACACAGAGAAGCUCGUUGAAGAGUUCAGGUGCAAAUACAAGCAGGAAGUGAGCAGACACACGGCUGCUGAGAACGAGUUUGUGUUAUUGAAGAAGGAUGUGGACUGUGUCUAUCUGGCCAAGGCAGAGCUGGAAGCAAAGGUGGAAACCCUAAAGCAGGAGAUAGAGUUCCUGAAAUGUGUUUCUGCUCAGGAAAUCGCUGAGCUGGAGAGAAGUCCCUGUGACACCUCUGCCAUUGUGAAAAUGGACAACAGCCGAGGCCUGGACAUGCAGGGCAUCCUCAGGAGUGCUGAGUGUUGUUAUGAGGACAUAGCUCAGAAAAGCAAAGCAGUGUUGGAUGUGCUGUACAGAACUAGGUUCCAAGAGCUGGAGGAGGCAAAGGGGAGAGAUUGCAAUGAACUGAAGUCCCACCAGCAAGAGAUUGAAGAGCUGAGUUUUGUGAUCCAGAGAAGGCAGUGUGACCUUGAAAAUGUGAAGAAGCAGGUGUCCUCUCUGCAAACAUCAGUUUGUGAGACUGAGCAGCGCAGGGACUGUGCCCUCAAACACAUCCAGGAGAAGCACGUUGAGCUGCAGGAUGCCCUCCAGAAGGCCAAGGAUGAGUUGGAUUUCAUGCUGCGGGAUUACCAGGAGCUGCUGAAUGUCAAGCUGGCCCUGGAUAUCAAGAUAGCAACAUAUAAGACCCUACUGGAGGCUGAAGAGAGCAGGAUACGCCUUGGGAGCCCUGUGAAAGUGUUGAUCACCACCCCUUGCAACAACAUCUCUGGCUGCGAAGCCAACCUGGGAUGUGGAUCUGGUAGACAGGCCAGAAGAUGCAAGUCCUCCUGUAGUGCUGGUAGAGCAUCCCUACCCAAAGAUGCUAGUGCCUGCCACAGAGGAUUCACUUCCAGAAGCGUUGCCAGCUCUGUAGGCAAGCAGUAUAUCUCUGGUGGUCCCAGCUGCAUCCCUAGGAGUGAAGAAUUUAGGGCCAGAGGUGGGGGCCAUUCGUGCCAGAGCUCAGCCCCUCUGGGCACUGGUGGACUGUGCAGUAGGACUGCAGGGAGCUGUGGAGAGAGCUGCAGAGCUGCAAAGAGCAUGGGAAACUCAGCUCACCCACAAGGGAUGUGUUGGCCAGGGGUGAGGAUUUCAGCUGGACCUCCAUGCCCCAGGGCCACCCGGAUCUAAAGUUCAGCUGUGAGAGUCAGGACAACCAGGACGUAAGACCUAAAGUAGAAAAAUGAAAGCCUUGCUCUACUUUCAGUGGUUAAAAUGUCCUCAACUCCACCUUACGCACAAGGAAGAGGCAUCCUGGCUACAAGAACAUUGUAGCCUCAUGAAACCACAUCAGAGAAACUCCACUGGGAUCACAUUAAAAAAGGGAC